AUGUCUCUUCCCCAGGCCCCGAAAGAUAUCUCUGACCACCCAGCCUCGGGCUCCGUGGUUCAACCAACAGACAAAGCUGCACAGGCAGCCGAUGUCGACCGCAAGCUCCGCUUCUAUGGCGUCGUCUCCGCCUUGCGCGAAUCGCGCAUGCCCACGAACGAACAGAUCGACUCUGCUCUUAACUAUGCGCUCAAACACUCCCCCGUCGACCUCAAGCAGCUCUCACCAGACGGUCAGCGCCUCAUCCAGGAUUCGCGUGACAUCAUCGAGACUGCUCGCUUGAUGGUCAAGAAGAAGAAUGCCGACGAGCUCUUCCAAAACUUCGUCUGGCAUACGCGAGAAGUCGACACUUCUUCUGCCAAGAAGGAUCCCAACGAAGUGAUUCCCGUCGACAAAGACAAAGCCAAGGCCGACGGCCAGCAGGCUGUCACGCACCUCCGCACGCUUUUGUCACUCAUCCUCACAAACUCGGAGGUUCGAAAGCUUGUCUCCGACUUCGCUGUCAUUGGACGCGAUCUACUUGCCCGUGGUGCUGCUAAGGUCGCGGAUGCCGCUCGUCCCGACCCUGAGCGCCUUCAGAAAGUCGACGACACUGCUCCCAAGGACCAAUUUAUCUCCGAAGGUGGCAGGGUUGUUGGACCUGACGAGACACCUGUUCUGGAAUCCCGCAUUCCAGGAACGGACACAACCGUCAAACAACAUCCGAAGGAGAAGCUGGGCCAUGGUGCGACUGUUCAUCAGGGUAAUGGCGAAGUCAAGAGUGGUGCACAAGCCAUAAAUGAGGCCCAGCAACGUAAAGAUGAGCUGUACGAACAGGGCUAUAAUGAGGCAUCCCGUCAGAAAGAUGACACGCUCAACGCAGUUGGCGGAGACCCCGUUCCUGACAAUGGGGAGGAUGCGGAGGCCAAGAAGAACGGUCUCAUGGGAAAGCUGCGCGGAAUGAAGGACCAAAUCUCGGACAAGAUUCCACAGGAACACAAGGAUAAGGCCAGUGACCACGUCGACCGCGCGAAGCAAUUCCUGAGCGAAGAAUACUUUCCUCCCGAACGCCGCGACCAAUUCGUCUACCGCCUCAAGAAGGUCAUUAUCGAGUGCCAGAACCACAAGGAUUACCAGGAGAGCGUUCAGUGGCUAAUCAGCUUCCUCGAGGAGUACUCGUCCCAUGGGCAGACAGUCGCUGGCCAUGCAAAGGACUCGCACAACCAGCUACAGUCCGAAGGCAGUAUGCAACAGGCCGUAAGCGAACUCCGCACUUUGCUCGAGCGCUUCGCGAACGGCAUGAGCUUGGGCGUCAUCGGAGACGCCAUGCAGGCGCUUUAUCGUGACGCUCAGCAGGACGAGGAUCUCAAGGAAUGGUUCCGCUCUGUCGACCGCUACGUGCGCAAAGUUUUACUGGAGUCUGGGUACGUCUUAGAGCCCCAGUGCAACGACGAGGCGAAUAAGCUCCAGGAGAGCGGCCGUCGGUUCUACGAGGGCAAAUACCAAGAUCACUUCAACAACUUGUUCUCGAGCAUCACAGACUGGUUCACGGCAUUCGGUGAUGAUCCGCUCAACCAGAGGUUUGGUGAUGACUGGGCGCGCCUCACGAAAGACUUGCUGUUCGACAGCGAGGGCAGCUUGAAAUUCAAGCCUGAGCUCUGGAUGGACAUCCGCAAAGUCAUUCUUCCAAGUAUUAUCGACCGCGUGGGUUACGUCCCAAUUCCGCGUGCCGAGUAUACCGACGACACCAUUGAUCUUGUUAUCGAGAACCUCGCGCUGUCAGGUCGCAACCUGUUCCCAAACGUCGUUUCCAUGGAAGCGCACAACUUCCUCAAAUUCAGCCCGUACAACGCUAUCUCGGAUGAGGGCCACCACGAGUUCACGCUCACGUUCAGCCAAAUCCAAGCGGAUAUGCGCGACGUUGCGUUCUACUUCCGUAAGAAGAGCGGUUUCCCGAAGUUGUCCGACUCCGGUCUUGCCGAUGUGCUGCUCGGCGGCGAAGGCCUCACUGUCACCGCCCACAUUGAAUCCGCAGGAAAAGACCAGUCAAGCGUGUUCAAGGUUAAGAAUGUCCACGUCAAGGUCGGCACGCUGAAGUUCUCGAUUCGCGAUUCGAAGCACGAUCUGCUCUACAAGACCGUGCGACCGCUCGCGACGGGCAUUGUUAAGAGGCAACUACAGAAAGUCAUCGGUGACGCGGUGCGGACGGGCUUGGAGUACGUCGACGGCCAACUAGUUGCUGUGCGCGACCGCAUGAAUGAGGCCAAGGAGAAUCCCAAGGAGAGCCGCACGCAGGCGCUUCAGGAUCUCUUCCAACGCAAGAAGGAGGAGGCCCAGAGCACGAAGAGCAAGGCGGACGAGAAGACGGGGCAGUUCAAGGUCGUGUCGAAGCGCGACUCGGCGAUGUUGAAGGACGUCGGGCGGAAAGAGGGCUGGUCAAACCGCGCCCAGGAACGCUCUGACAAGGUUUCGCAGGGCGAAGGAUGGAGGAGCGAGGCGUAA